CAGCUCAGCCUACCAAGGAAGCCUAGUCAACCAACGAUCCCUUCAACGACCUCCCUCAAGCCGACAAGCUCCUUGUCAAUCUACGAUGACCCGGUAUGCCUCCGCCGACUGCAACGGCUGAGGCUCGAAGAAAAGAGAUCAAAGAUUACCUGGCCCGCCACAUCGUCAAUUCGCGUAAGAUCGCCGACGCGUAUAUCCGCUAUCAGGACGUCCAGUAUGCCUGGUCUGGAAUCAACUGCAAAGCAACCAUUUCGGGCGCGCUCCAUCCCGCCACUCCGACGGAGACAGAAAUCGAAGUCAUUCGAAGCCAGCUGCUGAGAUUCUUAUCAAUUCUGGUCUUUAUCGAUGCACACGAGUUCUUAAACGACUUCCGACUUCACUUCUUCGGCCGAAAUGGAGAAGUGCUAUGCUCCGAUAGCUGCCUGCCUUUGGAGGACGACGAUAUUCCGGACUUUGGUGAUUUUGCUCUCCGACAAAGGUUUCGCCACGAGCAAUACCUGUUCAUUCCUGAAGUUCUUUACGAAACAGCUGCAGUCAAGCAGAUUGAGGAUGACCGUCGGCUUCCAUUUGAAGUUGUCUCGGAAGACCACAUGGAUGGUGCGUACGGGAGAGUAGAUCGAGUCGGAAUAUCGCCAUUUUACUUUCGGACUCGUGAUAGAGACGGGACCUAUUCACAGGUCAAUUCAGAAGUCAAAUAUGUUGCCUGCAAAAGGUUCCAUCCUCAGCGAGGCUUUGCUCGUAACGAUGCCAGACGGGAACUUGACAACCUACAGGUUCUCAAGGAGAGUAUUACCUCACACCACAACAUCCGCCUCCAUCUCGCUAUAUUGCACCACAAGGGCGAGCACUUCAUCCUCCUCCCUUGGGCGGAACAUCUUGAUCUCGAUAUCUUCCUACGCGAAGGGUAUGAUUUUAAGGGUACCAGAAUCUACAAAUUCAACCCCCGGUUUCCACGCAUCGAGCAAGGAGCAAUGAUCAAUGAUAUUUGCAUGCAGAUGCAUCAUCUUGCUCACGCCCUGGAGUGGCUCCACAAAGGCAUCACCACGCACGGGACGCACCAAAAUAGGAUUCGAUUCGCGCAUAUGGAUCUCAAGCCGAACAAUGUUCUAAUCGACAAUGACGAUGGACCAUCAACGGUCGGCAAGUGGGUGCUUACCGACUUCGGUAUUUCUGCCUUCAAGGAAGAUGACGAGUCGGACUCAUCAAACUUGGUGUCAGUUCGAGAUUACUAUCAGACUCUCACCAUCAACACGCCGCCACGAAGAGACCCUGGUGCAUACCAGCCUCCAGAGGUCGAAAACACCGACAAUAAAUUGCACGAGAGGAGAAACAAUGCUAGAGAAGGGCGGGCUGGGCGAAGAGGAGACAUCUGGUCCUUUGGGUGCAUAUUCUCCGAAGUCCUUGCCUUCUCGUUGGGCCAAGCAGAACUCGUCAAAGAAUUCCGCAGAGCGCGCAAAGGGCGAUACCGCAACGACUACUUCUACGAAAAGUACUCCCACGGGACGUUGGAAGCGGAUCAGACUGAGAUGUCUUAUCGUGUGCGACCUUGGAUUAUCGAUUGGCUUCGCACGCUUCCGGAGAGGUAUACAUUCCCCAAAGAUGCUAUCAACUGCUGCGUCGAGACCAUUCUGGAUGUUCUUGACGUUGACGGAUCCCGAAGACCGAAAGCGAAUGAGUUAUUGAUCAAGAUGCAACAUGUCGCAAGCCAUGUCAGUACCGCUAGGGCUCCAGGUGGUUAUCCGCCAAACUGCCCGUUGGAGAGGCGCCCUUCCCAGCGCCCAUCUCCACCGCCUUCACCAGAGAUACCUCCCUCCCCAGCACCGCCCGUUCCAGUCUCAAUACCGUCCAUCAAGCGGAUCAACACAAUAGAGGAAGAGACUCUCCUAAGCUACCGUAUAGCCCCAGGCCAAGGCUCACGUAGCCUGUCGCAAGCCGAAUCCGUGGAUCCCAUGACGAUUGCUUCCGCGUCAGAAUCGCAACCGAAGUUACCAGAGAACAUACAAUCACCUACAUCACGCCGGCAAGACAGCGUUGCCGAUCCCCAGAGCUUCAGUCCGCCGUUACGUGGAUCUGUAAACGGUCUGGGCAUCAGUCAUGAGCGAGAAAACUCUCUUAGUACGCCGAGUACUGCGCAAACACUCGAGUCUGGUCGGCCUACCUCUAUAGCGUCACGAAAAGACUGUCAUGGUGUGCUAAUACAUCAAGACAAACUCCGCAAGAUCCACGCCCCCGUCGUAAUCAUUCCCAAGCACUUAUCAGAGCGAAAGAUCGUUUGUGUCUCCCUCUGCUCCUCUGGACGGCGCGUCGCCUAUCUGACGGAGAUCAAGAAGUCUCAGUUGGAGAUACAUUUAUACGACCUGUUAUUAGCGGAUAGACAUGAACAGCAUGAUGGUCGGUGGGGAGUGUUAGCGAAUCCGAUAGUGUUGCCCAACGGUGCAGCUUGGGCAAAGGUGGUCUUGGCAGGAGACUAUCUAGUCGCUUGGGGCACAGCAACGCGCGGCGCGAAAAUGGUAUACAUUACAAAUCGGAUGUCUGCACAGGUCUGGACCGGAUCCGAGCUUGACGGGUUGGCGUCCCUUAUCACCAUUGCCGUCUCCAGGAAUGGUUCUCUUGCCUUCGUGUCCAGCAAGUCUAUAAUAUACACGGUCGUGGAAGGAGAGCUGAUGAAAGAUCCGUAUUUCCGUGAAAUAGUUCGAGCGAAGAACGAUCAUUCCUUUACACACGCCGCAUUCAAUGACGAUGGGACGCUGUUGUACGCAUGGCAAUUUGGCCGCCCGGAUGACUGCUUAUCAGUUUUCCGCAUCGGAGAGUUCGAGAAGAAGAUAGUACUUCCAGCUGACUCAGAAGGAAGCUAUCAAUCUAAGCAACAAGGCAGCCCUACCGCUACCAUCAUUCCCUACAACACCUAUCUCGGUUGCGUCAUUCUAGCCCAAGGAGACGCUUUCUUCCCGGCUCAGAUCCGUAGCACGCAACGCGGCGUCAUUCAUACGCUGCCAAAGAACAUGAGCACAAUUCGAAACACUGUUGCUGCAUGCAUUUACGGCGAUCAUUCACUCCUCGUUACCGAGAAAGGCCUCAGACACACGCGAAUAUGGGAACGUCGCAUUGCUGGCGGAAGCGAGCAUGUCAUCGAGCCAGCCGGGAAAGACCCAGUCGCCGAACUAAAGGGCGUCGUGGACAAGGGAGCACAAAUGAAGGUGGUUCCAGUACCGGGAACGGAUGAUUUGAUGAUCGUCCUAUGCACGACGGAUGGGAAGAUCAUCAUGAUUCCAGUGGUGGCUGAACCACGGUAACUAUGACGGCGCGCUCUGGGCAUAGCCUAUUCAUUCAUCAAGGCGUUGCGGAAGGCUAAUGCGUAUAUAACAAUGUGAUACCCGAUCUGGCGUUUAUCGUAUCUUUGUAUUAGUCCCGUCCUUUUCCGUUCCUUCGUGAUCGGAAUUAAGCAGUAAUAAAACUACCCAACCUUCUCAGAGAGUGAAAUCGUGGACACCCUUCUUCUCGGCCUCGUCUGCCACGGCCACCGGAACGCCUUCCGCUUCAGCUUCGCAUCCAUAUACAAAAUGAGAACGUAUAUCGCAGCGGUAACCAGGAUCAAUGGAAUCCAGGACACGAUGAAGAUCCAGAAAUCCGGCGAGAUCUCUAGCCGCUUGGAGUCCUGGUUGAACAGGAAGAAGUUCAUUCCGAAGAGUGUCUG